UGAGCGGACGGAAAUCGUGAAAAUGCGCCUUGGCUGUAGUUGGCUGGUUUACCUGUGCUUGUACCUACACCUGGAUCUUCAUGGGGACCUUUCGCAGGCAGCCAACAUCUUGGGUGUCUUUCCCUACUGGCAGCCCUCUCCCUUCCAGGUGGUGCGGCCCUUGGUGAGGGCGUUGGUCGAUCGUGGCCACAAUGUGACCAUGAUAACACCCGUUGGAAUGCCGGCCGACAUCGAGGGAGUACGACACAUACGAGUGGCCAUGCUGAACCAACACAUGCACGAAUUAUUGGAGUCCGACCUAGUAAUGAACUUCUUCAAGAACAAAUGGUUGGAAAAUGAGGUGUCCGCGGCUAUGCUUUACAAUAUGUCAGAGGAUAUACUCAGCGACGAUGGUGUACAACACAUGCUCCAGGACCGCAGUGAACGAUUCGACCUGGUACUGUUAGAAGGAGGUAAUUUGGACGCUCUCAAUGGGCUGGGCGAGUUUUACAAUGCCACCCUGAUGGGUUUCUCCUCCUACCGCCUAAAUUGGAUUAUAGAAGAGCUUGCGGGCAAUCCGGCACCAAGCAUUAACGAACCCAUUUCUCCGUGGGGCUACUUCACGGACCACUCCCUGGUCAGCAUGUUUUAUAAUUGGAUAUACAUAAUCGAGGAGAGACUAAUGGUGCACCUCAUUGUUCGACCAGGUCAGUUGCGCCUCUUCAAGAAGUACUUCGGCUACUCCUCGCAGAAAUUCGAUGAUUUGAGGGCCAGGUUUUCUGUUUUCUUGGUCAACAACCACUUCAGUUUGGGAAGGCCUCGUGCCAAUGUGCCUAACAUUAUCGAGAUUGGAGGUCUGCAUCUAAGCGAAGCUCCUGAACCGUGUGACGAAGAACUGCAGAGAUUUAUGGACGAAGCGGAGGACGGGGUCAUCUAUUUUUCCAUGGGUCAGGAUAUCCAUAUCAGGUUUUUGCCAACCAAUAUGCAGCAAGUACUUCACCAGACUUUCGCUGGAUUGAAGCAGAGAGUUGUUUGGAAAAACGAGCUCUCCACGACACCUAACAAAACGGACAAAAUAUAUAUGAUUGCAAAAACGCCUCAGCGUCAGGUACUGGCCCAUCACAAUGUCCAACUUUUCAUCACUCAAGGAGGGAUGCUGAGCCUGGUAGAGGCGGUGUACAGUGGAGUUCCUAUGCUCGGAUUGCCGCUGUUCUUCGAUCACUUCAGCAAUAUACAUCAGGUGCGAGUAGCAGGAAUGGCUGAGGUGCUAGAUCCGAAUAAUUUAAACGUAGAUUCACUAACCAGCACUAUUCUGGAGCUUCUUGAGAACCCUAAAUAUGCCGAAAGGGCCAAGGAAAUGUCGGAGGCAUUCAGGGACAGACCCUUGAGUCCUUUGGAGACUGCAGUCUGGUGGACGGAGUACGCCCUGAGGCACCGGAAUGCUGCCCUUAUUCGCCUUAAUUCCGGGGACAUUUCACUGAUGCAGUAUUAUCGAUUAGACUGCUUGCUGACAUACGGUCUUCGAUUUGGACUGGUCAUUGGAUCUGUGGUUUUUUUAGGAUACAUUUUGGUUUAAACA